CGAAAACACGCGAUCCCACCGGAGCCGUGACGCAGCCUCGGUGGAUGCUGGGACAGCAGGCGGUGGAGGUCAGAGAAACUCCAAAAUGUCCGCUGCUUGUCUGACGUCCUUGAGCCGCUGUGGUGUUUUGGCGUUCCGCUCCCCCGCAGGACUGGUGGCGGUGCGGUAUGCCCAAACAGCAGCGGCUCCAGCCGCUCAGCCCAGAAUAAAGAAGUUCCAGGUGUACAGAUGGGACCCAGACACUCCAGGGGACAAACCCCGCAUGCAGACCUACGACAUUGACCUCAACACUUGUGGCCCGAUGGUUCUUGAUGCCCUGAUCAAGAUCAAAAAUGACAUGGACCCCACUCUGACCUUCCGCCGCUCCUGCAGAGAAGGUAUUUGUGGAUCCUGCGCAAUGAACAUUAAUGGAGGAAACACGCUCGCCUGUCUCAACAAGAUUGACACCAACACUAGCAAGCCAUCUAAGAUUUACCCUCUGCCACAUAUGUAUGUGGUCAAGGACCUCGUGCCUGACAUGAGUAACUUCUACGCCCAGUACAAGUCUAUCGAACCAUACCUGAAGAAGAAGGAUGAGGCAAAUGAAGGAAAGGAGCAGUACCUGCAGACGGUGGAGGACAGACAGAAACUGGACGGGCUGUACGAAUGUAUCCUGUGCGCCUGCUGCAGUACGAGCUGCCCCAGCUACUGGUGGAACGGAGACAAAUACCUCGGACCCGCUGUGCUGAUGCAGGCGUAUCGUUGGAUGAUUGACUCGCGAGACGAUUUCACAGAGGAGCGUCUGUCCAAGCUGCAGGAUCCUUUCUCCCUCUACCGCUGCCACACCAUCAUGAACUGCACCAAGACCUGCCCCAAGGGCCUGAACCCAGGAAAAGCGAUCGCUGAGAUCAAGAAGAUGAUGGCCACAUACACGGAGAAAAAGGCGGCUGCUAUCUGAAACCUCAGUUCUCCUCUUGCACAACUUUUCCCUCCAUGAUAAAAUUAUAUAUUGAUUUUUAUUAAAAAUGCUUUUUGAGGUCUGAAGGACCAGUGCACAGGUCGGCUCCACCACCACACGCUGCGACUGCAGUCAGCUGUAUGGUGCGUGGUUUGAGGACUUGGUGUAACAUAAACGCACAUGUACGGUAUGAAUGCAUAAGAGACUGUGUGUGUGUCUGUGUGUGUGUCUGAGUCUGACAUGUACCAUAACAGAGGUAUUUAUCUUCAACGCGACUGUAUGUGUGUUUGUGCACUUGGGAGAUGUGGUGCUGCAUAUCAAAGUAAAAAGGAGUUUUCUUGCGUGUAAACAUUUUUUUGCCUUUUGCUUUUCAGCUUAGCGCUUGCUUCGAAGACAUAUGUUAUAUUAUGUCCCCUCAGAUCCUCCAACAUGCCAACAGCAGUCUUUGUUUGGCUGGAAAUUAAAUGGUUGAAUUGCC